UGGCGCAAACGUCACCUCCCAAGUCCCGCCCCCACCAGAGCCUUCUAAACACGUUCUUCCGCCCACUUCCCCCUUUCUCUCCUUUCCUCCGCCAUCGUCGCGGUGUGAACGUGGCUCUUCGCCAUGUCUUCCCACAAGACUUUCAGGAUCAAGCGGUUCCUGGCCAAGAAACAAAAGCAGAAUCGGCCUAUUCCUCAAUGGAUUCGGAUGAAAACUGGUAACAAGAUCAGGUACAACUCCAAGAGGAGGCACUGGAGAAGGACCAAGCUCGGUCUGUAAGGAGAGCCACAUGAGACGCAUGCGCAUGAGCUGUGAUAGGCUGCUAGUAUCUUGAACACAGCAGGCGGAAAGGCACAACAAGUCUGAAGUCGUGUUUCUUGGAUUAGGGAAUCUGUUCGUCUUCUAGUUUCUGUACCUUGUUGCUAACUUGGUAAUAAAUCUUGUGAUACCGUG